GUGAAAAUUCGUGGAACUUCAGAAUUUUAUGAAGCACUGGAUUAACAGUUGUAGCUAAACACUACCUAUGCGCAAACCAGCAAAGCUCACCUCAUCGACGUCCCGCAAAUUUGCCGUUCAUUUUUCCGGCGAGAUCCUGAUCUUCCCGUUGGAAAAGCCGCACCAGAUCCGAGUUUGAAGAUCCGACGCCGUUUUGAAUCUCAGACGACCCCAAUCUGACCGAUGGCUCCGGUUUCGGCUCUUGCUAAGUACAAGCUAGUGUUCCUGGGAGAUCAAUCGGUCGGGAAAACGAGCAUCAUCACUCGCUUCAUGUACGAUAAGUUUGACAACACUUAUCAGGCUACUAUUGGCAUUGAUUUUCUUUCGAAGACUAUGUACCUUGAAGAUCGAACUGUACGUCUACAGUUGUGGGAUACUGCCGGACAAGAAAGAUUUAGGAGUCUCAUCCCAAGCUAUAUAAGGGACUCCUCUGUUGCAGUCAUCGUAUUUGAUGUCGCAAGUAGACAAUCUUUUCUCAACACAUCAAAAUGGAUUGAGGAAGUCCGCACUGAGAGAGGAAGUGAUGUUAUCAUUGUGCUGGUUGGAAACAAAACCGAUCUGGUGGAGAAGAGGCAAGUUUCUGUAGAAGAAGGAGAGGCCAAAGCACAUGACCUUAAUGUCAUGUUCAUUGAAACUAGUGCCAAGGCUGGUUUCAAUAUUAAGGCUUUAUUCAGAAAUAUUGCUGCUGCAUUGCCUGGAAUGGAAGCAAUAUCAUCCGCUAAGCAAGAGGAUAUGGUCGAUGUCAACCUCAAAACUGGCAGCACAAAUGCACCUCAUUCGCAGCAGUCGGGAGGCUGCGCCUGCUGAUAUACUGCAAAAUUAACAGGAAAAAAAAGCCAGUUUGUGUGUUCGGAUGUUUUGGGGUGUGAUUUUCUUAGUUCUAAGUUAUGUUUGUGAAUGCAUAUAUGAUAUCUUGUAUCAUUUUUAGGUGGACAUUGGCGUUUGGGACAAUAGAUAGUUUUCUUAGUUGGAUAUGACAAAUGUUGUGUUCUUGAUUUACUAUCGUGUUUUCAUUCUACUUAUUUUAUUUCAUCAUAAAUAUGAUUAUAAGUCUAAGUUCAAUUAAUCAUA